AUGUCAGAAAGUAAAACACGCAUGGGAAAGGAAUAUUUUGAAGAUAUUUCGAACUGGUUAGUGAUGAAGUCUCUGAAGAGGUCCGACAGCGGCCACUACGCCUGUCUGUUCGCGCUGCCCUCUGGCGACGUCUGGAAUAACUUCACCUUGGUGGUCGAGCGCACGUGCGCGACAUCCGUCGAAGAUGGCGUCGACGAGAGGACGCAUCCAGAAUCUUCCCUUUCACCCCUACACACAUCACAAGAAUUGGCGACUGACGGGAGGAAAAAUUCAGCGGCAUCUGUACAAACUGAAAAGGAAAACUUUAAUACCUUCUCGAAACCUGAAUUUUCCAAACAUUUCGACAGUCGAGUCGUCAAGUCAGUUGGGAACGUGAUUCGGCUAAAAUGUCCUGCAAUUGGUCAUCCGUCAUUGAAUAUUACGUGGUUGUUUAAUGGUAAAAAGGUGGAGAAACCUUCAGUUAAAUAUGGUCGUUGGUCUCUCGAGAUUGAGGACGCAAUGGUCCCCGACACUGGCAAUUACACCUGCGUCGUAUGCAAUGAACUUGGCUGUAUCAAUUUUACAUACAGAGUUGAUGUUUUUGGGCCGCUGACUGCUCAGAGUGAAGAAGUGCUGCACCGCCCACCUGGCAGUAAGUUCUUGGAGUCAUGCCAGGCAUCUGCCAUUGCACCCUCUAACCAUCCAAGCCGUUGGUACUACAAUGGAGUAGAACUGCUCCAUCAACCUCCAAGAGUUGUCCUUAAUGGCCAGAAGUUACAACUGACACAUUUACUGUCUACUGACAGCGGUCAUUAUGCAUGUUUAUUGGCUCUACCCUCGGGUGACAGAUGGCGAAAUUUUACUUUGGCAGUGGAGGGACAAGCUUCAACUUUAGAAAGAGGCAGUGGAGAUGAACAGUCACUCAGAGGGGUUGAAGAAAAUGACAACUUAAUGGGGGCAGAGGUUGAUUUUCCACAUAUUCAAGAUAGCAAUGAAAAUGAACUCCCUGGUUCUUAUGACCAAAAGACGGUGCAACGUGGAGGCCAAACUAUCCUCCAUUGUCCAGAAGAUGAUGGUAAUGUUACUUGGGUUAAACUCAACACCCAUGUGAAUGUAAACACAGCUCUUGAAACCAACAUUGAUCGAUUUCAAGUGAUUGUCCCAGAUAACGGAACUGGGGACCUUAUAUUGGAUGAUGUAGUAAUAGAAGAUUCUGGAUGGUACAGUUGCAUCACAUGUAAUCCUCAAUGCAAAAUUAGAAAUGCCAUAUUCCUGCAAGUUACAGAAGUAAUUUGGCCUCCAGAGUCCCAACACAUGGCUGAUACUGAAGAUUCUCAUGACAGUGAAGGGGAUUCUGACAAAGAUAUUAGUGUUUCUGUCCAGGCAGGCCAGUUUAACGACUCAGGAGUAGCACGAGCUCCAGAGUUCACAAAGAAGUUCAACAAACUAAUUGCAAAACCAGCAGGAAAUAUGAUUCGUCUGAAAUGCCCUGCAAUUGGUAAUCCAUCUCCAAAUAUUACAUGGCUCUUUGAUGGUGCAAAGCAUGAGCGUAAAUUUGGAGAAUACAAAUAUGGACGUUGGUCACUCUUAUUAGAAGAUUUGGUUACAUCUGAUUCAGGCAACUAUACUUGUGUUGUAUGCAAUGAAUUUGGCUGCAUUAACUUCACUUUCACAGUUGCAGUAGUAGAAAGAUUACCUCAUAAGCCUUAUAUGACUGAGGGCUAUCCUCUUAAUCAGACCGUGGAGCUGAAUUCCACAGCAACAUUUGAAUGUAAAAUACUCUCAGAUGAGGAGCCUUAUAUCCAAUGGGUGAAGACUGGUUAUACCCCUAUUGUAGUAGAUGAAAAUGACACUGUCAUUAAUGGAACUGUUGUAAAGCAGUCUGGUGUUGACAAUCCUACACCUGAAAUACUUCGUUUACACAAUGUUACGUAUGAAGAUGAAGGAUGGUACACAUAAUUGGAUGAUACAAACCCCAUUCCUGUGAAACAACAAUCUCCUAUGGUUCAAAUAUUGGCUGCGACACUUUGUGUAGUGUUAGUAGGUGGUGCUAUCAUCCUCUUGAUCAUUUUCCAUUGCUUGCGACAGGAAAAACUUAAAAAAUUGCAGGCUAUUGAAACAGCUCGAGCAGCAGUGGUAACGCAAUGGACCAAAAAAGUGAUAGUAGAAAAGCAAGCUCUCUCCACUCAGAACAACACAGAACCUUUGCAAAUGCCUAUCGUUAAAAUAGAGAAACAGAAGUCUCAUCAAACUGCAAGUAACUCUUCUGGAUCAGACUUCAUGAUAUCAGAGUAUGAAUUGCCUCUGGACUCUGAGUGGGAGUUUCCAAGGGACCGUCUUGCUCUUGGGAAAACUCUAGGAGAGGGAGCUUUUGGGAAAGUUGUGAAAGCAGAAGCUCAAGGAAUUGUGAAAGAUGGCAUAAGCACUGUGGUGGCAGUAAAAAUGCUAAAAGAGGGGCAUACAGAUGCUGAGAUGAUGGAUCUUGUAUCUGAAAUGGAAAUGAUGAAAAUGAUAGGAAAGAAUAUCAACAUUAUAAACUUACUGGGUUGUUGCACACAAGAUGGGCCAUUGUAUGUUGUGGUGGAAUUUGCCCCGCAUGGUAAUCUGCGAGACUUCCUUCGUCAGCACCGCCCCUCUUCUGGCUAUGAACCUGCUAUUGGCACUGACCUGAAGGAGAAGAAAACUCUGACACAAAAAGAUCUUGUGUCAUUUGCUUUCCAAGUUGCAAGAGGAAUGGAAUAUCUUGCUUCUCGAAGAUGCAUUCAUCGUGAUUUGGCUGCUCGAAAUGUCCUAGUUAGUGAUGAAUAUGUUUUGAAGAUUGCUGACUUUGGUCUAGCUCGUGAUAUUCAUUGCCAUGACUAUUACCGCAAGACAACUGAUGGGCGCUUACCUGUGAAAUGGAUGGCUCCUGAAGCACUUUUUCAUAGACUGUAUACAACACAGUCAGAUGUGUGGUCCUAUGGUGUUUUGUUAUGGGAGAUAAUGACACUUGGAGGAACUCCCUAUCCUAGUGUGCCAAGUGUUGAAAAGCUCUUCCAGCUCUUAAGAUCAGGUCAUCGCAUGGAAAAGCCCCCAUGCUGUUCACUUGAAAUAUACAUGUUAAUGCGAGAGUGCUGGAGCUAUCAUCCUAAUGAAAGACCUGUCUUCAGCGAACUAGUGGAAGAUCUUGACCGCAUAUUGACAUUCACUGCAAAUGAGGAGUAUCUGGAUCUUGGUUUACCUCAGUUGGACACACCGCCAUCCAGCCAAGAAGCAAGUGAAGAUGAAGCUUUUCCUUGCUUACUGUAACUCAGUUGCUUUGUUUAAGCCAAAUUGCAAAAAAAAAAUGCAUUUUAAAGAAGAUUUUCAGUGCAUUAACAUUUGACAGUCAAGCUGUUUCGAAGAUUUAAUAUUAGCAAGUGCAGUUAAAAUUUGCUACAAGAUAUUACAAGAUAUUAGAUAAUUAUUAAAUGCAUUACAAAAAUGCAUUAUUGUCUACAUAAUAUGAAGUAGCAAAAAUUGACAUUUUUAUCAAUUAAAUAAUGUAUUGUGUAAUUACAUUGCCUCUGGCAUUGUGGGAAGGAUUGAAGUUCCUGUCGACACUGCUGCUCAAGAAAGAUUUCAGUGGUUAAAGAUAAAACUAAGUGUACGACCCUUUGUCCCGUCCGAACAAUGUGAGACCUAGUGUGGUUGGUUUGAUUCAUCCAGGCGUUGUGGCUUGUUAAAGAGGUGCUUUGCGCAGUGCAAAUUUGCUAUUCGCCAUCUUGAUUGUGCUGCCAACCUAUAUAAAGAGAACAACAUUUUGUAAAAAUAUUAAGCUUUGUUCUCUUACUGACAUUUUUUUGUACAUUGUGUUGUGAACGUGAAUUGUAAAUACUUGUUGCAUGUGAAAUGUUUUCUUUUGAAAUGUGAAGCAAUGAUAUGUAUUGUGGGACAGCUCAGUUAUUCAAAAGAUUUCUUAUUGCCUGCAGUACGUGCUCACAAAUUUUGUAAGUGAAAACUCAGAAAUGGGGCAUCUAAUUAAUUAACCUGUUGGGGAUUAUCUCUUAACUAUACAAAUUUUUCCUUUGUAAUUUUCUUUCAAGUGUCAUUCAUCUUAAAUUAUUGAUGAUUCACUAUAAUGAGAUUCAUUAUAGUUAUUAAAUUCUUUGUAACUUAAACAAAUCUAUAAUUUUUCUUCACAAACACACGGAAUUCUUUGAUUUCAAUAGUUCACAGGGCCCCUUAGAUGCAUUGGGUUCAGUUGGAAUUGGUUGGUCCAAUCUUUGAAUGGAGCACUCUUCUUUUCAUUGUUUAGUGUCUCUGAAAGUUGAAAUGCAGGAUUGAUUCAAGAGAGAGGACUAGUCAUGUCAGAGCAGGGUUGUAUUUGAUGGCUCUCUAUUGAUAGUAUUUCUGGUCAGCAGGUGGAAUUCCACCUUAAGUAUUCUUUCUCAUGCUUGAGAAGUAUCUAGUGCCUAAGAUGUAUGAAUGAACAUUUUCAAGAUAUGUUGAAAGUAUGCAUGUAUAUUUAAAUCUAUUCUUAUAAAAGUACAAAGUGUUAUUUUACUAAAGAGUAAGAUUAUCUUUAAAAGUCAAUUAAUUGAUACCGUGUUACUUCAAGCAUUUAUAAAAGUUUUCUUCUCUACAUAUUUUCACAGAAUUAAAUGGUGGAAUUUAGUUAAUAAAAUUUAUUUUGUUUACUUAGAUGUUACAUUAGAAAUAGAUAUAAAUGUUGUUUCAUGAUGAAAAGCACAGAAAUAUUUCCUAUUUCUAAUGAACAAAUUUACACAGAUGUCAGCCAGCUCAAUGCAUUUAAAAUAUCUUUUAUGUCUUCCUGACAAAAAUUAUGUAUAUCAUGAUAACAUAAAGAUAUUCUUUGUAAAUAAUUUUACUAAAAUAUUUUAAUGGAGAUUUGUACAGGACAGUCUUUCAACAAAGCCAGUGAUGGUCAUUUACAAUGCAGUAAAAACUUCAUUCUAUAUAAUCGGUGGCAUGUAUAAAAUAUUUAAUAUAUUGUUUCAAGUUCAUUUGUUCUAUCAAUGGUAACAAAUCUCACUUUCUGAUAGAUUGCAAAAAUGCAUUUAGUUGGAACAGCUCUUAACAUUUUUAUACUAAUUACAAUGUGAACAUAGAAGUUAGACAUUUUAUUAACAGACGUAGCAGUAAAAUGCCAAUGGUAUUGAAUGCACAAUUACAGACAGUGGCAUAGCUAGAGUUGUCAUCAUGAGGAAAUUAUUGAUGUUGUCAUCCCUCUCUUCUAGGACUUAAAAAUUUAUAUUAUAGAACAGUAUACAAGUGUAUACAAGUAUACAAGUGUUUUUGUUAACAAUUAAAAUGUUUAUUGUAUAUAUUGUUAUAAUUACACUAUGCAAUACAAAAAUUGAUGUUUUUACAGUAAGGGUUGAUUUUGAAUAUCAAAUUCAGGCUUACACAUCUUUAGCAUAUUGAAUCAAGUUUUCUUACAUAUUAGAAAAGGCUAUGGGUACUAUGUAUAUUGUAUGCUAAGGUGAGAAAAUUUUUAAUUUUAUUCAGUGAGCAAUUGGUAUCCCUCACUUCCUAGUGACACCAGUCAAUCAGAUGGUGUAAUUUGCUUCUUUAAACAUGUUUUCAUUAAUCUAUGUUGGUUUUUAAUAUUAUUUCCAGCAUCAUGAGUUUACAUAAGUGAUUGAACAGUUCAAAUAUAUUGAGUAAUAAUUUUAGAUGUUAUAUAACAAUAAAAAACAAGUAAAAAACUACCAGAUUUGUAAAGCAAGCUGACUUUGCAAAUUUUUGCAUGGAGAUUGGGAAUCAGUCCAAAAAUGGGUCACUCCAUCAAAUCUGUCAUACUGUGUUCAAGCGCUUAGAAGAAAAGAAAAUAUCCAUGAUAUUUGCCAUUCCCAUUAUAUGGAGAGAAUUUAACAAUCAUAACAAUCAUGGCUAUUUUUACUUGACUAAUGUAGAAGGCCACAAUUCAAAAAGUAAUAAAAUCAUUGUUUAAUCAAAUUAGACUCUAACCACAUUUUGUAAUAUUAUCUGUGUCUUUCCCAUCUUCAGAUUUGAAUGAAGAAGGAUCAGAUGCAGAUUCCAUUAAUGAAAUUGAUCAGAUGAGAAUUGUAACGUGAUGAUUUCACCUCAAAGCUAUUCAAUCUCGAGGGAACACUGGCUUGAAUUUGUCAAAAGUAGCCACUACUUCUCCCAAUAUUUGAAACAAAAAAAACAAAAAAAAAUUACUUCGAAGCAUUAUAUUUUCAUGGUACAAAAAUAGAGAAAAAGACCUUCCUUUCCUUUUCAGCAAAAAGGGUCAUUGGUUUUAUGAAAUACAAUAGGAGUAAAUGAUGUUAAUAAUUAUUGAAUCCGUAGAAAAAUUACAAAUGUUUGGUAUCUUACAUAGUACUUUGAAUGCUUUGUGUACAAGUUAUUUACACAUUGUGUAAUUUUGUUACAAAAAAUUGCAUGAAAAUUUUCAUUUUGGAAUUUAAAUAUUUGGUAAUCAUGGAUUAUUUUCCAAACUUUACAUUAAAAAUACAUUGAAAUAACCUAACUAUAAAAAAUUAUUUUAAAAAAUUGAAAUGCAGUGCAAUGUAAUUAUGUGACAAUAGGGAAUGUCAGUGACUGUCAACUUGAAAAGCAAUACAAUUUAUAAUAAAAAUUUAUUUCAAUUAGAGUUGCUCACUUUACUAAGAUUAAACUUUAAAUAAUUUGCAAAAAUGUUAAUUAAAUUAAAUUAUAAAGUUAAUGUUAGUUAUUUAUGUGUUUUUCAAUUAAAACAUUCAAAUUGUAAAGUUUUAAUUAAAAUGUUCAAUUGUCACGUCCUUGUCUCACUCUUGGUUGACUCUUCCCCCAUAGUUAUGCCACUAUUCAUGGAAACAAUUUGUAAGUAUGUAUAUAAAUGUAAUCUGGAGCAUGAGUCAAGAAAAGAAGAAACAUACGGACUAAAUUAUCAGAAUGGCUAAUGGACAAUAAAAUUCUGUAUUUGUUAAUAUUGGUGUAAAAAGUUAAUGUGAACUUAAUUUAUAAUUUGAUGUUAUGUGUGUAAAUGUUGUAUAUUUAAUUACUGUUUAAUAUAAGGCAAUUUAUUUUAUUAUUUUUUAAACAUUUUAAAUGGUUUGGCUUGCUCAAAAUCAGGUUUCUUCUUUGGAGAUAACUGAUGUGUGCAUUUGUCCAAAGAUAUACAUGCCUUAUUUCACAAUAAGUGUUGAAAGUAUUUAUAUUUUUGAAAUCUCCACUUGUUUACUCCUUGACAGUUGAGACCCUUUGUGGCGGGUGGUUCAUGUUACCAAAACAACAUGUGUAAGUAAGAUGUGUAAUGAAAGAUAAAAUGUCAAAUGAUAUAUUCAUGUUAUGCCACACUAACAUAAGAGAAUGGUAUCUGUCAAAACACAGUAUUGUCUUUAUUGUAUUAUUAAAGAUACAAAUACAAAGUGAGUUUAUAAUAAAAAAAA